AUGACCCAAAUGGAAGCUGAGGUUAUAUUCGACGAUGAAAAAUGUUAUAUAAUCAAGAAUGGGAAGACAAUCAACAUUGGACAUUUGCUCGAUAGUAAGUUAUAUGUUGUAAACACUCAGCCAGACUAUGUUAACAUUACAACAAUAGAAGUCCCAACACUAAGGCAAUGGUAUUGUAGAUAUGGGCACUUAAACUUUGGAUACAUCAACAAAUUGGCACAAGGAAACUUAGUCACUGGUAUGAAAUAUACUAAGGGUGAAACCAACCAAAAAUGUGAAGCAUGCACAAGAGCAAAGAUGCAUCGAAUACCUGUCCCAAAACAAAGCUCGAAUAGAACGACUCAACCGCUGGAAUUAAUUCACAGUGAUGUAUGCGGACCAAUGAACACUGAUUCCAUUGGUGGAA